CAACAUCCAUACAGUUAAACCCGAAUUAUAUUACUCUUACUUAAGUCAUUUCAUCCACGAAUCUCUCAUCCCUAAGAAGAAAUGGAAAAGAUCCAGCACAGCCAUGUAGAAGUAAGAGGACUCAAGCUUCAUGUAGCCCAGAUUAAUGUCACCGGUAAAAAGGCGGUGAUGUUCUUGCAUGGGUUCCCUGAAAUAUGGUAUACGUGGAGGCACCAGAUGAUUGCUGCUGCAAACGCUGGUUACCGAGCAAUAUCCAUAGAUUUCAGGGGCUAUGGACUGUCUGAACAGCCUGCUGAGCCAGAAAAUGCUACUUUCAAAGACCUUGUUGAUGAUGUUAUUGGCCUUCUUGACUCUCUGGGAAUCAAUAAGGCUUUUAUUGUUGGAAAGGACUUCGGAUCCAUGCCGUCAUACCUAGUGGCAGCUGUCCACCCAGAAAGGGUGAUAGGCGUCAUAACACUUGGUGUUCCUUUCUUAAUACCUGGUCCUUCCGCCAUCCAAAAUCACCUCCUUCCUGAAGGCUUCUACGUAACGAGGUGGCAGGACCCAGGAAGGGCAGAAGCGGAUUUUGGCCGUUUUGAUGUGAAGACAGUGAUAAGGAACAUCUAUCUUCUCUUCUCAGGAAGUGAGGUUCCCAUAGCAGCAGAGGGUCAAGAAAUCAUGGACUUGUAUGACCCAUCUACUCCUCUGCCACCAUGGUUCUCCGAGGAAGAUCUCUCAGUCUAUGCAUCCUUAUAUGAGAAAUCUGGAUUCCGUUUUGCAUUGCGGGUUCCCUACAGGAGUUUAACAGUGGACUGUGGCAUAACUGACCCAAAAGUCAAAGCUCCAUCGCUGCUAAUUAUGGGUGAGAAGGACUAUGUUUUGAAAUUUCCAGGAAUGGAGGAUUAUAUAAGAAGUGGGACGGUUAAGCAAUUUGUACCUGAUUUAGAAAUCAAAUUCAUGCCAGAAGGGAACCAUUUUGUCCAUGAACAGCUUCCAAAGCAAGUGAAUGAGCUCAUCAUCACCUUCCUCAACAAACAUAAUUAGUGUCCGAUGAGGAUACUGUUUACUAGUACCUAGAAAUUAGAGUGCAUCUUUGGGAAUAAGCAGUGUAACCCUCUUUCACGUGUGAGUUUGUCAUCAAGAUGCGUUUACUUGAAUCUUGAAAAUGGUUCUAAAACUUUAUAUAUAUAUAUAUAUAUAUAUAUUAUAUAUGAACUUGGAUUUCCUGCAUUUAGAUGGAAAUGAUUCAACCAAGUUAUCCAAGCACUGUUGAUUGUUGGUUGAGAGUUUGAAGACUAGUGUUUGAUGAAGUGUGUUCUUUUUUUUUUUUUUUUUUUCUAAGAUGAAGUGUUUGUUUUGCCUUACCAUAGAUGAGAUUGAGGCAAUGUAUGUAUUUAUAAUAAGUUCUGUUACAAGAAUAAUAAUUUGAAUACAAGAUCAUGAAGGAUGUCUUACAAGUUAAAUGAAUUUAAGGUUAGGAUUGGCACCGUUGUAGUUAGAUGCGCCGCCACCCCUACCUUUGCUUUUUCUGAA